ACGGCGGUGGCUGUGGCGCGGGGCAUGGUCCCCGGGUCCGAGGGCCCGGCCCGGGCCGGGGGCCUUGUGGCCGACGUGGUGUUUGUGAUCGAGGGCACGGCCAACCUCGGUCCCUACUUCGAGGAACUCCGCGAGCACUACCUGCUCCCGGCUAUCGAGUAUUUCAACGGAGGCCCUCCUGCAGAGACAGACUUCGGGGGAGACUAUGGUGGAACCCAGUACAGCCUCGUGGUGUUCAACACAGUGGAUUGUGCUCCAGAGUCCUAUGUCCAGUGUCACGCUCCCACCAGCAGCGCCUAUGAGUUUGUCACCUGGCUCGAUGGCAUCAAGUUUAUGGGAGGUGGUGGUGAGAGCUGCAGCCUCAUUGCGGAAGGCCUCAGUACAGCACUGCAGCUAUUCGACGACUUCAAGAAGAUGCGCGAACAAAUUGGCCAGACACACCGAGUCUGUCUCCUUAUCUGCAACUCACCCCCUUACCUGCUCCCUGCCGUUGAGAGCACCACAUACUCGGGGUGCACGACUGAGAGCCUUGUGCAGAAGAUUGGAGAGCGAGGUAUCCACUUCUCCAUUGUGUCCCCGAGGAAGCUGCCUGCCCUUCGACUUCUGUUUGAGAAGGCAGCUCCCCCUGCCCUACUAGAUCCACUGCCGCCACCCAGUGAUGUGAGCCAGGACCCACGGGACAUGGUGCUGGUGCGGGGCCUCGUGCUGCCUGUUGGGGGUGGCUCAGCCCCAGGUCCCCUGCAGUCCAAGCAGCCAGUCCCCCUGCCUCCUGCUUCAAACUCGGCAGCCACACUCUCCGCAGCUCCCCAGCAGGCGCUGCCCCCCGUCCCGCCACAGUACCAGGUCCCUGGGAACCUGAGUGCUGCUCAGGUGGCUGCACAGAACGCUGUGGAGGCUGCCAAGAAUCAGAAGGCUGGGCUGGGCCCGCGCUUCUCGCCCAUUAACCCUCUCCAGCCAGCUGCUUCAGGAGUAGGCCCUCCCUUCAGCCAGGGCCCGGCACCGUCGCUGGCCCCUGGACCCACUGGAGCCCCCAAGCCACCUCCUGCCACACAGCCUAGCCUGGUCUCCACUGUGGCCCCUGGCCCAGGCCUGGCACCCCCUGCACAGCCUGGGGCUCCAUCCAUGGCGGGAACUGUGGCUCCAGGUGGGGUAAGUGGCCCUUCACCAGCCCAACUUGGGGCUCCUGCACUUGGUGGGCAGCAGUCAGUGUCCAACAAGCUCCUGGCCUGGAGUGGGGUCCUGGAGUGGCAGGAGAAACCAAAACCUGCCUCUGUGGAUGCCAACACCAAGCUGACACGGUCCCUGCCCUGCCAAGUCUAUGUGAACCAUGGAGAAAACCUGAAAACGGAGCAGUGGCCACAGAAACUGAUCAUGCAGCUCAUCCCACAGCAGCUGCUGACCACCCUGGGCCCCCUGUUCCGGAACUCGAGGAUGGUCCAGUUCCACUUCACCAACAAGGACCUGGAGUCCCUGAAAGGCCUCUACCGCAUCAUGGGCAACGGCUUUGCGGGCUGCGUGCACUUCCCCCACACUGCCCCGUGCGAGGUGCGCGUGCUCAUGCUCCUGUACUCGUCCAAGAAGAAGAUCUUCAUGGGCCUCAUCCCCUAUGACCAGAGUGGCUUCGUCAAUGGUAUCCGGCAGGUCAUCACCAACCACAAGCAGGUCCAGCAGCAGAAACUGGAGCAGCAGCAGCGGGGGAUGGGGGCACAGCAGGCUCCCCCAGGUCUGGGCCCCAUUCUGGAGGACCCAGCGAGGCCCCCACAGAAUCUGCUCCAGCUCCGUGCACCCCAGCCCCAGCCUCAGGGCACUGUGGGGGCUUCUGGGGCUGCAGCACAGCCCCAGCCCCCAGGUACCACCCAGGCACCCCCAGGUGCACCCCAAGGCCCUCCUGGAGCAGCCCCUGGGCCACCUCCUCCUGGACCCAUCCUUCGACCCCAGAACCCUGGGGCUAACCCCCAGCUGCGAAGCCUCCUCCUAAACCCACCACCGCCCCAAACCGGGGUGCCACCACCCCAGGCCUCCCUCCACCACCUGCAGCCUCCAGGGGCUCCUGCGCUGCUGCCCCCACCACACCAAACCCUGGGGCAGCCUCAACUGGGACCACCACUCCUGCACCCACCACCUGCCCAGUCCUGGCCAGCCCAGCUUCCACAGCGGGCCCCAUUGCCAGUGGCCAAGCGAAAGAGAGAAGGAGAGGGCCGCGUGUUUCGAGAAAAAUGGGAGCGAGACUAUUUCUUUGUGGAAGUGAAGAGCAUGCCUACGUGUUUAAUAUGCAAAAAAAACGUGUCUGUGUUGAAAGAGUACAACCUGAAGCGUCACUAUGAGUCCCAGCACAGUAAGAGCUACGACCAGUACACAGAGCAGACCCGGGAUGCAGUCCUCAACGAACUGAAAAAGGCCCUCAAAGCCAGCAAGGCUCUGGAAGGCAAAGAGUAGGAGCAGAGGGCUGCCUGCCAGAUGUAGGUCUGGAAUGAUGUGCAAAGAAUUACCUGGGCAUUAUACCCCACAACAGACCACAGACCGUGAGUUAAGAAAGGAGCAGACAGAUGUGUCCUGAGCAGAAACAUCUGCGUGGACCACUUUUUGAGUGACGGGCACGUGCAUCACACAGUGAAUGGAAGAUGAGUCAGAGUCCAGCUGCCUGGGUCAGUUGUGGCCCUCCGAUUGUUGCUCAUCAACUCUUCCCACCCAGCUAGUUUUAUUUAUUUGUGACUGAGAAAGUCGAUGUGACUGAAGUCUGAGGUGGCAUCAGGCCAAGCCCAGCGCUGGAAGGUGGCUUGCUCUCUGUGUAUAAGCACACCAGUCAAUUCCUAAGCACAACUCCAGACCGUAGUCAUUGUGACCUUAAUGAUCUGUCAUGGUUGUGUCCCCAUACUUACAUGUGAAGUGGCAGCAUUUAGCAAGGACACAAAUUCCAGCCUCAGUCACCAGGAAUCCAGUAGCUCUAAGAAACACCACAACGCCUUCGCCUUCAACACUUCUGCUCCUGGGCUUGAGCCACAGGGUAUUGACAGUGGUUUAGCCCCGACUGGUUGGCCAUAGAGAGCUACACCUCAGUUCCCUAGAGGUCGGCUCCCCUUCUGAACACUAAGCAUCCCGCAGGGACUAUCGCAAACAGCUCCUGAAUGUAUGACCAUGUGGCCGUCCUGGCAAAUGAGGAAGCCACUACUGGCGAGGACUAACUGGACUGCAUUCCUUUGCUUCAGUUGGCUUCCAGAAAUGGGACAGAUGGCCAGGAUCAUUUGCCCACACUGUGGGACCUGAGACUAAGUUCCCUGAGGGGCCCCAUGCCCAACUUGACCUUGAGCUCACACUGUCCACUUUGCCCUUGCUGGUUGGCUGAAUGCAGACUGUGGUCUCAGCCACCAUGCUACAGGCUACAGGAUGCCAGUCCCUCAGUGCCGUUCUGGAUGAUGGCAGGAUUCUGUGACCUCUGUCAAGUGGCUGUUGAGUGUCCAUGUUUGGGGUACCCACACCUGUGAACAGUCAGCUGUUUUCCGUUACACACCUGAAUCAAACUCCACUUGAAGGUUGAAUUCUCAACCACCCAUCCCACUGUGCCAUCCAGACAUCCCAGCGUGGAAGGGCAGAUGGCAACCUCCCAGCCUCCACUCAAAGGGGCAAGAGAGUUAAGAGAGAGAAAAUUUUAAUAGUUAAAUAUUUCUAUUUUUGAAUUUGUAUUUUUUCAAUUUUGAAUUUAAAAUAUAAACGCCAGUAUCCUACAUGUCUGUAUUUAUGUUCCAUGCGUUCACCAGAGUUCAGUAAAGAUCCGAUUUGAUUACA